AUGGGCAAGGUGAUGGAGCUGCUUGCACGCCUGGUCAAGGAUGACACCGUCCAUCUCUCCAGCUCCGACAUGGGCGAGGCCACGAUGCGUUAUAAGCUCAGAAGGCUUCAGGAAGCCCGGGAAGCCGGAGGCUUAUCCAGCAACCUCUUGGAGCGGCUUCGCUUCUUCAGGAAGGACAAGGACAGAAAGAUGUGCAUCAAGAACCUGAGGACAUGGAACAAGCGUGUGUACAUGGUUGUGGAAUCCGCCAGCCCGGUCGCAGCGGACCGGGGGGAGGCGGCUACGGCCACUGUCGCGGCUCCGGUCCAUCCGUCGUCUCUUCUCAGGACUCUCUCCCAGAGGCUGUUCGACACCAUCCGGAAGUCCUGGUCCUGCGACUGCUCCAGAGAAGGCCACGAGGCUCGCUUUUCGCUUGCGAGCUGCGCUGGCACCAGCACUAGCCCGAAACGGAAGACCGACCUGACGGAAGUAUUCUUUGACUUCCUGGUCUCCCGGCCCAACUGUCAGAUCUGGGGGUGGCGGGAAGGAACCGUCAUGAUUAAGCCUGCGAGUAUCAAAACCUCUCAGCAUCGGGCAGAGCUCCAGAAAAUUUGCGACGUCAUUCGAGACGCGUACACCCCCGAGUACGGGCUUCAGCUCCUUGUCGAGGACACGGAGGGGACCCAGCGGCUCUGGCGACUGAACUGGCGGCAGUCGCAGCUCGAGUACCUGGAACAGCAGCCCGAAGUCUCUCUUGACAUGAUGCUGAAGAAUACUAAGGAACCGCUCCUGAUAGAACGUCGCCGCCUUGCCCUAGUUAUGGCCUACUCUGUUCUCCAGCUGCACGAGAGUCCCUGGCUAAGCGACCGGUGGAGCAAGGAGCGCAUGCAUUUCUUUUCUACGAAGAGUGAUGUCGAUCUACGGCACCCCUACAUGAGCGUCUCGUUCGAUCAGUUCCCUUCGAUGGGCGAGCCGCCCGACCUCAACUGCUUCCACGGCAACGCGGGCAUUUUACGGCUCGGCAUCCUGCUCAUCGAGAUCCACCGCUGGACCCCAAUCGAGGAGUUCUACACCCCCGAGGACCGCGCCACGUUGACGCCAAACACGGAAUUGCUCGUUGCGAGGCGAGUGGCGCGGUCCUCGAUGCCAGACUGCUCCCAGGAGUAUCGGGACGCCAUCGAUGCCUGCCUCAAGGUGCCCUGGGUCCCCAGCGGGGAUAGAGUGAGUCUUGAGGAUUCAGAAACACAGACGGGCAUAUUUGGUGACGUGGUUCAGCCACCGGAGCGCGAGGUCAGGCUUGGAGAGAGCCCAACCAGGCUGCAGGCCGAAAUUAUGAGGCGUAAGUGA